AUUGCAAUUAAUAAUUAAUACACAUAAUAGGUAUACGGUGAUAACAUAUUUCGUACUAUAGAUUAUAUUGGGUACGAAUGUACGAUAUUGUAAUGAAAUGCUAUUUCUUGGUCAGGUAUUCACGUGGAAUUAUUAAAAUAUCUUUAGACGGGGUAUUGCUAUCCCACCUAGAUUUGCGACGUACCUACUUAUAACCUCGAUUAUAUAGAUCGCAAAGUUGAAAAUAUUUUUAUACAAUACAGACUCCCGUGACUAAUUUAAAAGCGCGUCAACAGUUUGCAAUCCGGAGUUAUGACAAUUGAUUGUUAUUAAUACUAAUGAUUGUGUUAGUACCAUACACUGAUGGAUGUUGGCCGACAAUAUGUAUAUAUGGACAGUAUGGUAAUUAAUUAGUCUCGAUCGUUUAAUUGGAAGUCCGAAAUAAUUAUUAUCCGAACAUUCAAAGAAAUAACAUCAACAACAAACACUGUCGUCGAUACAGCCACCACCUAACCGUCAAAGUGGUGUUUAUUUAUUUAUUUUUAUUGUUUAUACAGUGUUGUCGGUUAUUCGGUUUUAAAAUGAAUAAAAACAAGUCAAAGGACGUCGAAGAUACCGCUCUCCUUGUUGCUCAACCACCUGUACACUUGGACGAUGCAAUCGAAAUGGUUGGAUUUGGAAAUUUUCAUUAUUACAUAUUAUUUAUUUGUGGGUCACUUUUCUCGGCGGUCGCCAUUAGCGUGACGUCAGUGUCUUUUGUUGUACCUUCUGCACAAUGUGAUUUUCAAAUGACUUCUGUCCACAAAGGCAUUCUCAACGGAGCUUCGAUGAUUGGAAUGUUCACUGGAUCUUUUAUUUGGGGUUACGUUGCUGAUUCCAGGGGCAGAAGAUAUGCCUUGAUAUUGAGUAUGACGAUGGACGGCGUUUUUAGUAUCAUAUCCAGUGUAUCUCAGAUCUACCCAGUGUUAAUAUUCUGCCGACUGAUGAGUGGAUUUGGAGUGUCCGGUGCCACAGUGCUAUAUUCUUAUCUGGGAGAGUUCGUAAACACCAAAUAUCGUGAAAAAUUUCUAUGUUGGAUGGAAAUGUUUUGGACGGCCGGUAUAAUAAUACUUCCAUGCGUGGCGUGGUUAAUUAUACCACAAACAUUCAGAAUCGAAUAUGGAUUCUUUUUAUUCAGGUCAUGGAAUUUGUUUGUCAUUAUAUGUUCUCUUCUGAGCUUACUAUUGGCGUGGCUAUUGGUGAGAUUACCGGAAAGUCCAAAGUUUUUACUCGCCAAGGGUAAGCACGACGAGACCAUCGAUUGCUUGAAAUUCGUUUAUAGAUGGAACCACAAGACUGACGAUAAAUUUCCGGUGACUUCAUUAAUUUUACCUGAUUGCAUGAAUGAACAUAGUAAUGGUUUCUUUACUGGACUCUACGAAAGUACUGUAGGGUUGUUUACGUCUAAGUACAAAUUUAUAGCCAUAAUUACAUGCAUUAUACAAUAUGGUGCCACUACCAGUUAUUAUAUGCUUAUGCUGUGGUUUCCAGAGCUGAUGAAUAGAUUUCGAUGGUAUGAAACGUCAUAUUCAGGCCCCAAAAACAUGACGAAUAUGUGUGAAAUUGUGUCCAUGUUUCGUGUCGAACCCGAAGAGACAGAUCAAGUGUGCAAUGAUAAUAUCGACAAAUCGGUGUACUUGAACAUUGUCAUUAUUGGAAUCGCAUGCAUACCAACAAGUCUUAUCGUGCCACUGUUCGUGAACAGACUAGGACUCAGAUUUUUUUUGGUGGUAAGCUUUUUAGGAUCAGGUCUGUCAGCUGCGUGCUUAUACUUCAUUACGUCUUCACUUGAGAAUCUCGUGUUAUCUUCAGUGUUUGAAGCUCUUUCCAGCGUGGGUAUUAGUCUUAUGUAUUGUAUCGCUGUCGAGUUGUUUCCUACAGAAUACAGGGGUAUGGCUGUAUCUAUAGGUUCUACGUUUGGAAAAGUAGGCGCACUAAUGGGUAAUAUUGUUGUUGGAGUAUUUAUCGAUGAGAUUUGUGCAAUUCCAAUUUUGGUAUCGUGUUCAUUUUUGAUAAUUUCAGGAUUUUUAGUGCUAACAUUACCGAAAACUGGAAGAACAAAUAUACAAUGAAUUAUAGUAUCUUAUGAUGUCAUUUUCAAUAUGUAUCAUUGGAAAGUAGAAUAUCGCCUCGUUUCACGGUUUUAUAAAAAACUAGUUUGUAUGAGGAGUAAUGAUUUGUAGAAGUAGAGAGGUUAUUGUAUCACUAUAUUUUAUAUGUAAUUAUUUAUUUUUUAACUUUGUUUCCCGAAUAUUUAAAUAAUUGUUUUACUUAUAUUUGUAU